UCCUUGGUCACACACACACACACACACACACACACACACACAAACAUGGACGAGGGGCUCAGUCCUGCGAUGGCCACCAACCCCUCGGAGGAGAGCUCUCCGGUCCCGGCCGCCGCAGCUCCACAGCAGCCCGGCUUGGAAGCCCGAGUAGAACCCGGCCCAGCGGUGGUGAUGAUGCCUCCUGAGCCCAGCCAGGCCCAACCCGGCGGGGCAGAGAAAGAGGAUGAGGAAGACGAGGACGACGGGGGAGGCUCCGUGCGAGUGGCGGAGAACGCGGGUGGACAGAGUGUGGACCCGGAGCGGGUGGAGGAGAGGUUCAGGAUUGACAGGAAGAAGCUGGAGAACAUGUUGUACGCUCCGAGGCACGGAGGGGGCGAGACAGGGGAGGAGUUUUUUGAGAGAGUGAUGAGAGAAACUGACACUCAGGUGAGAUGGCCGUCCAAGCUGAAGAUUGGAGCCAAGUCAAAGAAAGAUCCACAUGUGAAGGUGGAAGGGAAGCAAGACAAUGUUCUGAACGCCAAGAAGAAGAUACUGGAAGUGCUGGAAACCAGGGUGAACAAGGUGACUUUAAAGAUGGACGUGGCCUACACAGAGCACUCCCAUGUGAUUGGUAAAGGUGGUGGGAACAUCAAAAAGGUGAUGGAGGUCACAUCGUGUCACAUCCAUUUUCCCGACUCCAACCGGCACAACGGGACGGGAGAGAAAAGCAACCAGGUCUCUAUUGCUGGACCCAUAGAAGGAGUGGAGGAGGCCCGGAGGAGGAUAAGAGACCUUCAGCAGUUGUCCUUGACCUUUGACCUUCCAGUCAGCCUGGUGCCCCAAGCUCUGCCAGACGCAGGCUCUCCGCUCAUCCAGCAGGUAGUGCAGACUUUGGGGGUCAGUGUGAGCUUCAGGGCCGUGCCACCUCAUCCUCAGGCGCGACCCAACUUCUACGAAAGCUGCUGCACCGUCUGGGGCCUGCAGGGCAGCGCCGCCGCCGUCAAGAAGGCAACCUGCAUCCUGAUGGAUCUGUUGCUGGGGUCGGAGGUCACGGGCGGCACGGUGAGCAGCCAGAUGGAUGUCACGUCCCAGCAGCAUCUCUUUCUGUUGGGGCAGAACGGAGCUCACUUUCUGAGCGUCAUGCACCAGACCCAGACUCAAAUCAUCCUCCCGGACCUCAGCGCUCCUCAGAGCCCCCCGUCACUGCUCAUCCAGGGAAGCCCCGAGGGAGUGUGCCUGGCUCGCCAGCAGAUGAUGGACUGUCUGCCUGUGUGUUUGAUGUUUGACAUUCGCGAAGACGGAGAGGCGGAUCCCUGUAAACUGGCUCAGAUGAUGCAAAACCUGGGAGUCUUCAUCAGCGUAAAGCCCAAAGUAAAACAGACCAGCAAGUCAGUGGUGGUGAAAGGUCUGGAACGGAACAUCUCCUGCCUUUAUGAGGCCCGCCGUUUGCUCCUCUUGUUGGAUUCCUGUGAGACCGCCGAGGUAACAGAGAUGGCCCCCGAACCCGCGGCAGCCGGCGGCGGGCUGGCCAGCUAUUGGCUCAACAUGUUGCUGCAGCAGCUGCGUCUCUCCGAGCAGGGCUCGGUGCCCGUUAUCCCUCCAGAGCUGUUAUCCGGCACCAAGCUCCGGCCACCACCUCCGCCAGGUCUCAGCCCUCACGCUGACGAGGGGAGGACGGGAAUGAAGGGAACAGACAGCCGCCCGCUGGAGAAGAUCCUAGAAAAUGAGGACCAGUCGUGCCAACCAGAGGACGAGAGCCCCGCCGUGGGGGUGAUGUCAUCAUCUGGGGGGUUAACAGGGCGAAGGGGGAGUCUACAGAGCCCUGAAACUACAAAGGUGUUCAACCACGGCAGGCGCCAUUCGACAGGGCAGGCGCUGACAUACAGAUUGUUAAACACAGAAACGGAGGGAGGGAGGAGCGAGCGAAGGAACAGCCUGAAGAGAGACGUGAUGAUGCCUCAGGAUGUUUGCUCUGACUCAUCCGAGGCCGAGGGAUACGACUACGAGAGGAAGAAACUGCUGGCAACCAGAGCCAUGCAGAGGAAGCCCGUGGUCACGGAGGUGCAGACGCCCACCGACACCUGGAGCGGCCUCGGCUUCUCCAAGUCCAUGCCGGCCGAGGCCAUCAAGGAGCUCCGCAACAUCAGCCGCCGCAGCUACAAACCCUACCUGAGCAUCGCCAACAGCCAGCCGCAGCCAUACGCUGCUCAGAUGGGAAAGGUGUGUAACGGGAGCAACUGUGGCAACUGGAGGGACAGACAUGGAUCCCUGUCUUCGUCCCUUCUGGUCUCCUCCGCCUCCUCCUCUUCCUCCUCCUCCUCCCCCUCCUCACCCCCGUCCACCUUCGCCUCAUCCGCCUCCUCCUUCCCUGCGUUUGUGUCCUCGAUUAACAGAAGCAGGAACGACAAACCCUCGGAGAGCUUCCCGGGGAGCGGCAGCUACUUUGACGGCGUCUGCUCAUCGAGGAGGGCGUCAACCUGCAGCCAGCGGAGCCCCUCCCCCCAAAUGAUGGACGACCUGCCCGAGCUGCUCGGCCAACUCGGCCUGAUUAAAUACAUUGACGUGUUUGAACAACAAGAGAUCGACUACCAGACAUUCCUCACUCUGUCUGACGAGGAUCUGAAGGAGGUAGGCAUCUCCACCUUUGGAGCCAGACGCAAGAUGUUGUUGGCAAUUUCAGACCUGAACAGAGGCAAAAGGAGGCCGUCAGAUACACCCGCUGUGAAGCCCGGCUACUUGGAGGGUGGCGCCAGUGGCCGACUGCCGAGAAUCGUGGAUCUGGAAGUGGCGGCUCAGAGCAAUCACUGGUCUCAAUUGGUCCUUGAUGGCAAAGCUAGAAUGAAAGCUACCUGGAAGGAGCGGCAGCAAUGAGGGGAGCCACUUGGGCCAUUCAGCUGCCGAAUGCUCUCCUGGCACGUGGCAGACUUCGCUGUCUGGUCUUUUUUUCAUUUAAACGGCCUAAACCUCUCAAUAUUAAGAAGGUGAAGUUGAAGUUAAAGCUUCUCAUCAUCGGAGGGAAAACAAUUGUUUUGAUAAUGGAUCAAAUUACACAGUUCAUUAUAUCCACUCUCCCGACUGCAUUAAAAGUUUUCAUUAUG